CUCUGCUGCGGUAUGAGGUGCGUGCGGGGCCCUGGCGCGGCGGGGAGCCUUCUGCCGCUCCCUGGGCCAGAACGCUCUUGGCUUUGCUCUUUGAGCCAGUGACCUGCCUGGGCUCAUCCCUGCCUCUGUACCCCCUUUGCAGAGCGCUGCAUGCUGCUGCCUGGCACGCAGCUGGUUCGCCGGCCUCUCCGCUGCGUCCGUGCUUUGGGCCGCCUGCCCGCACGCUCUCUCAUGAAUCUCCGGGAGGUCGUUUCUGCCCUGAAUGACUUUGCAUCCCUCUCCCUGGCUGAAAGCUGGGACAAUGUGGGGUUGCUGGUGGAACCAAGCCCUCCCCACACUGUGAACACCCUUUUCCUCACUAACGAUCUCACUGAGGAGGUGAUGGAAGAGGCGGUGCAGAAGCAGGCAGACCUUAUUCUUUCUUACCACCCUCCUAUAUUCGCACCACUCAAGCGAGUAACGUGGAAGACCUGGAAGGAACGGCUGGUGGUCCGAGCCCUGGAGCACAGAAUCGGGAUUUACUCUCCACAUACGGCGUACGAUGCUAUACCUCAUGGAGUCAAUAACUGGCUAACAAAGGGACUCGGUGCCUGUAUUUCCAUCCCACUGCAUCCAUCAACUGCACCAAGCUUUCCAGCUGAGGGCACUCACCGAGUAGAAUUCUGCGCACAUAACAACGAGCAUCUGGACAUGGUGCUGUCCAAAAUCAAAGACAUCCAAGAGAUCUCCUGUCUCACUACUCUCCCUGCCAGGGUUGAAGGUGAGGAGCAAACACGAGUCAGCUUGAACUGCUCUCAGAAAGCACUGUUGGAGGUGGUGGCGUUAUUGUCCCAGAACAGCCUUCUUUAUCACAAGACUGAGAUUCUCUUGUUACAGAAGCCUCUUCUUCCCCACACUGGAAUGGGACGUCUGUGCACACUGAGCGAGCCAGUCUCCUUGUCAGACAUAAUGGAGCGUAUCAAAAGCCACCUAAAAUUACCCCACAUCCGCUUAGCCAUGGGAAUGGGCAAGACACUAGAAUCGCCAGUGAAGAAGGCUGCUCUGUGUGCUGGUUCUGGGGGCAGUGUCCUGAAGGGAACGGAAGCUGACCUCUAUCUCACAGGAGAGAUGUCCCACCAUGACAUUUUGGAUGCAGUUGCCAAUGGGAUAAGUGUUAUUCUGUGUGAGCACAGUAAUACUGAGCGAGGCUUCCUGUCGGAGCUGCGUGACAUGCUAGCUAUCCACCUACAGAACAAAAUCAACAUAAUUGUGUCUGAGAAAGACAGAGAUCCCCUCCAGGUGGUAUAGGAAGAACAAAUAGGAGUGAGAGAAUUCAGUAGAGUUUCAUGGCAUCUUGCACAGACCUAUCCGACCACACGCUUAAUGAAGAUGCUCUGAAUUGGUUCUGUACAGAAGGAUUGUAUUAUAUGUUCCCUCAAAGUUUGGGCUAUAUUUUGUCAUCUGUCAGAUAAAUAAAUACUUGUUUUGGGCUACAGAAGGCUGAUGUACUCGAUUACUGGGCUGCACUUGAAUAAAUUUACUGUUACUGCAUA